CUAUAAAAAAAACGAAUUUCAUUUUAUUAGUGCUUAUGAGUGUAAGAAAAAAAUAUUUUAACGAAGAAAAUAGAAGUUCUUGAAACUAUAAUUCAAUUUAAAUACAUGAGAAUGACACUCUUCUCUUUAUUCGCCGGUUUGAUAACGCUGGGCAUUGUCGGUUAUGUGAUGUGUAAGGAUAUUAAUGAGUAUCCACAAGUAUUAUCAUUACAAAAUUCAUUACAUCCACCUGUCGAAUCACUGAUGUCGCCCACUGACAUGCUUCAAAAUCAUUCACAUUCGAGAUCUCCUAGAUGGUUUCCAUUCUACACUAUUGGACGUUUUCCCAAUGAUGUCUGCGUGGGCGCUAAUCUGCUGUCCGGUACAUGCGUGGUGCGUGGUGAAUGCUCUGAUAACGGCGGAGUAGCGGCAGGCACCUGUAGUACAAUUACAACGCAGGCUGUUUGUUGUAUUUAUCAAAUGGGCUGCGGCUCCAGUACAAGUUACAACAACACAUAUUUCUAUAACUCCGGCUAUCCGGGCACGUAUGGAGGCGGUGGGCGUUGCACAAUUGUCGUCUCACCAUGCGAUGCCAAUAUUUGUCAGCUGCGCAUUGAUUUCCUAUCGCUAUCCAUAGCCCCACCGAACGGCGAUGGUUUCUGUCAAACCGACACGCUCACUAUCACAGGAGGCGCAUCACGUGUACCCACUAUUUGUGGAGAAAACAGCGGCCAACAUGUGUACGUCGACUUUAAUGGCGAAUCACCAAUCACUAUUUCUGUGGCAACAUCUGACGGCUACACCUUCAAUAGGCAAUGGCAAUUUCAAAUCGCCCAGAUCGGCUGCGCGUCUGCCACACAAGCGCCCUCAGGCUGCCUGCAAUACUAUAUGGACACAAGUGGCACAGUGUCGAGUUUUAAUUACGACUCCGCCGCCAACUCGCUGACCAACUCCAUUGGUGUGCCUGGUACGCGUCAAAUUGCCAAUCAGCAAUAUGGUAUUUGUGUGCGCAUGGGCGCCGGCAUGUGCUCAAUCACAUGGAGUCAAGUGAGCUCUGAUGCGUAUUCCUUUACGCUGACAAAUGACGUGGCCGUUAUCGAUCCUUCGUUGCUGGGCACGGCAACGGUACAGAGUCAAGAUUGCACAACGGACUAUAUAAUCAUACCAAAUCCAAUGCAAGAUAGUCAAACGCUGGCAAGUGAUCGUUUUUGUGGUUUGGGUUUGGUGAGUACGACGAGUUCGACGAAGCCGUUUGUGCUAUACACAGUGACGAAUGGAAAUGAGGAUUUGGAUAUGUCUAAUCGCGGUUUUCGUCUGUCGUACGCGCAGAACAGCUGUCCUGUUGUUUAGCGUUAGCUUUGGGGACGGCAACACACUAAGCUUAAGUAGUAUAUUUAAGUAGUAGAUGGCACUGUAACAUGAGUACAUUAAAUUUACUUAGGAAUAAUUAUGAGAAUAAAUUUUGUGAUUUAUAA